AUGGCGCAUUCGUAUUCGAAUGACAGAUACCCUGGAUGGGGUCAGAGACCGUUUCCACCUCGCGACGCUCGAGAUGCUCGCAUGUAUGAUGAUCGCAGCGGCUCACGCUCACCUGGCGGAAACAAAGACCGCCCUCGCUCUCCUCGAAGGCCAGCAGCAGACCGCAGACACGACUAUCCUCGGGACCGAGAUCCUGGUCCGGGGUUUCGAGGCUAUGGCCGAGACGAUUAUCGUCGCCGAGACUCCCGAUCACCACCUCGUCGGGGUAGACACUCAUACAAAGAUCGCGACCGCGAAGGCUAUCGAAGUGGGAGCCAUAGUCGCAGCCGAAGUCCUCGACGAGGCCAGCCCCAUCCUGGGAAUGAGAGCCGAGAAGUCAUGAUGGAAGGAUUUCCCUUGGAUAUGACAGAAGAUGAUAUCACUGCUGAGCUCAGGGUAGCUUAUCACGUUGAAGGACUGGAAGAUGUCCGUGUCAUUCGUGACCGUCAGACCAAACUGUCAAAGCAGCUAGGGUUCCUGCGUUUUCCUACCAUUGAGCAAUCGCGAGAGUUUGUGGAAAAGAAUUACCCACAAAUAUUCUUUUACGGACCCAGUGCCGGCCCAAACGACCGCAGUACCAAAGUGCGUAUUGCAUACAGCCGUGAGCGAGAAGACAGAGCUCGUCCUAAAGGAGAGGGAGAUUGGACUUGUCGUAUGUGCGCCAUCUCCAAUUAUUCCACACGGGGAAAGUGCUUCAAGUGCAACGCCCCACGACCUGAAAUGGCUUCCGCUGGCCUACUUGGAGCUUCGGCUCCCAAAGUCAUAAACUUUGGCGACAAUGAUGCUGCUCCCGAGAACCAACCCUCCCAAUUCCUCCUGAUCCGUGGCCUGGACCACUCAGUCACUGAACAGCUUCUUGGUAAGGGCGUUGCCAAAUUGUAUCGUCCAUCCGGAGGCAAUGACACUGCCCCCAACAAUUCCAAGAAAGGAUCCAAAGUGGCCUCCACGACUGGUGACAGCAACCUCGGAGCACGAGAGGGCUCCAUUCGUCGUGUCUUGCUUGUGCGUGAUCGCAAGACAAAUGAAAGCUGGGGAUAUGGGUUUGCGGAAUUUGCUGGCGUCAUGGACGCGCAAGCUGCGAUGACCCGCUUGAAGUCUUUCGAAAAGUUCACUAUCUCGUCGAAGCCUGUCAUGGUCAGCUACAUCCACGCAGGAGUGUUUAUCCCCGUCUUAAACCCAUCGGGUAGCACCCAUGGGUUCACAUUCAGUCCACUGAACAACCGAUCCUUGCAGCUGAUGUACUGGGACGACGAGGCUUAUGUCACUGAGCUGACACUUUCAACGGAGGAAGAAGAUACCGCAUUGGAGCAGUCUUCUCAACAGAGCAAUGCGAACAAGGGUGCGAAGGACUCAGAGAAACCAAAGAAGAGAAAGGCCGAUGCUGCUGCUGGCGCAAAUACCAAAAAGCUUGCCAUGCCGUCUCAGCUUCAAUUCUGGAGUGAUCGCCACGCUGAGCUUCAUGGAACCUCCAACGAUAUCAAUGGGACGCCUGUGGAGGACGCACCUGCUCAAGAAGUUCAGUCUUAUGCCGACUACAACAAAGUAUGCUGCUGGCUGUGCAUGUGCCUCUUGAGGGAUAUUCCUAAGCUCAAACAGCACGAGCGACUGAGCGAACUGCACAAAGCCAACCUGCAGAACAAAGAAUUGACCGACUAUGCCAUGUACAAGUUGAUCAAACAUGACCUCGUCAAAGUACCCGAGAAUUACCAAAAGCCAUCCAUUGAAGAAUAUCGAGACCGUGCUAAGGAGCGUCGCGAGGCACUGGGUCCUACAGUCCCCGCUGCUUAUCAGAAGGCUGCACCAAAGGAAGACAUCGAACCUGUUGCACAGACAAAAUCGACAUCUAAGGGUGCUUCUCUUCUCGGCAGGAUGGGAUGGUCUGAGGGCACCGGUCUAGGUGCACAGGGAACUGGUGUUCUUGAGCCUAUUGCCACCGAAGUCUAUGCCCAGGGUGUCGGCUUGGGGGCCCAGGGAGGCAAGCUCGGCGAUGCAACUGAGGAAGCAGCCCGAAACACGCGUGGCCGGUACGAUGAGUUCUUGGAAAAGACCAAAAAUGCCGCCCGUCAGCGUUAUGAGGAGAUGGAUCGUUCUUAG